GCAGAGCUGCUCCAGCGGGGAGAGGGCGGGGUGGGCGCCCGUGACAGCCGCGCCGGGCAGCAGGGACGAGGCGGCGGCGGAGGGAGGGGCGGGUGGAGGGCGGGAGCGCGCCUCUUGACAUGUUGAAGGCAUCUCUGCCUGGGUCGGGCCGGGGCUAGGAGCGGUGCUGGGCCGGGGGCGGGUCGCGGUCCGCCUCUCUCUCACUCCAUCCCGCCUUGCCCUGUCCGGGGCCUGUGUUCCGCGGUCGGCCGCCUGGGAAGGAGCGAGGGAAGCGGCGGGAGGGUCGGGGACGGGCAGCUUUCGCCUGAGGCUGGAGGAGGCUGACCCGCGUCCCCGCCCAGCCCGCGCCUAUGCGGUACUUGAAGGAUGGCGAAGAGGUCGCGCAGUGAGGAUGAGGAUGAUGACCUUCAGUAUGCUGAUCAUGAUUACGAAGUACCACAACAAAAAGGACUGAAAAAACUCUGGAACAGAGUAAAAUGGACAAGAGAUGAGGAUGAUAAGUUAAAGAAGUUGGUUGAACAACAUGGAACUGAUGAUUGGACUCUAAUUGCUAGUCACCUUCAAAAUCGUUCUGAUUUUCAAUGCCAACAUCGAUGGCAGAAGGUUUUGAAUCCAGAAUUGAUAAAAGGUCCUUGGACGAAAGAAGAAGAUCAGAGGGUUAUUGAAUUAGUUCAGAAAUAUGGACCAAAAAGGUGGUCUUUAAUUGCAAAACAUUUAAAAGGAAGAAUCGGCAAGCAGUGUAGAGAAAGAUGGCAUAAUCAUCUGAACCCUGAGGUCAAGAAAUCUUCUUGGACAGAAGAAGAAGACAGGAUCAUCUAUGAAGCACAUAAGCGGUUGGGAAAUCGUUGGGCAGAAAUUGCCAAACUACUUCCUGGAAGGACCGAUAAUUCUAUUAAAAAUCAUUGGAAUUCUACUAUGCGAAGAAAAGUGGAACAGGAAGGCUACUUACAAGAUGGAAUAAAAUCAGAACGAUCUUCAUCAAAACUUCAACUCAAACCUUGUGCAACUAUGGACCAUUUGCAAACCCAGAAUCAGUUUUACAUACCUGUUCAGAUCCCUGGUUAUCAAUAUGUAUCACCUGAUGACAAUUGUGUUGAACAUGUUCAGACUUCUGCCUUUAUUCAGCAACCUUUUGUUGAUGAAGAUCCUGAUAAGGAAAAGAAAAUAAAGGAACUGGAGCUGCUGCUUAUGUCAGCUGAGAAUGAAGUUAGGAGAAAGUGCCUUCCAUCCCAACCUGGAAGCUUUUCUAGCUGGUCUGGUAGUUUCCUCAUGGAUGAUAGCAUGUCUAACACACUAAAUAACCUUGAGGAACACACUACUGAAUUUUACAAUAUGGAGGAAAAUCAGACUGUUUCUGCUCAGCAGAAUUCACCCACGAAGUUUCUAGCUGUAGAAGCAAAUGCUGUACUGUCUUCUCUACAGACCAUCCCAGAAUUUGCAGAGACUCUAGAACUUAUUGAAUCUGAUCCUGUAGCAUGGAGCGAUGUUACUAGUUUUGAUCUUUCUGAUGCUGCUGCUUCUCCUGUCAAGUCUACCCCAGUUAAACUAAUGCGAAUUCAACACAAUGAAGGAGCCAUGGAAUGUCAGUUUAAUGUCAGUCUUGUACUUGAGGGGAAAAAGAACAGUUGUAAUGGUGGAGCCAGUGAAGCUGUUCCUUUAACAUCCCCAAAUGUGGUCAAGUUUAGCACUCCACCAACCAUCCUCAGAAAGAAGAAAAGGAUGCGAGUGGGUCAGUCUCUAGGCAAUGAACUUGGUGAUGACUCAUUCAAUGAUGGCGGUAAUAUGGUACUGAAACACACACCAGUGAAAACACUACCGUUUUCUCCUUCACAGUUUUUUAACACAUGUCCUGGGAAUGAACUUAAUAUAGAUAAUCCUUCAUUUACAUCAACUCCAAUUUGUGGGCAGAAAGUUCUUAUUACAACUCCUCUUCAGAAGGAAACAACUCCCAAAGAUCAAAAGGAAAAUGUAGGGUUUAGAACACCUACCAUUAGAAGAUCUAUAUUGGGCACCACACCAAGAACUCCUACUCCAUUUAAGAAUGCACUUGCUGCUCAGGAGAAAAAAUAUGGACCUCUUAAAAUUGUGUCCCAGCCACAUGGCUUCUUGGAAGAAGACAUUCGAGAAGUUUUAAAAGAAGAUACUGGAACAGACAUAUUCUUCAAAGAAGAAGAUGAGAGUGCUUACAAAAGCUGUAAACAAGAGCAUUCUGCUUCUGUGAAGAAAGUCAGAAAAUCACUAGCCUUAGAUAAUUGGGAAAAAGAAGAACCAGGCACUCAGCUGCUAACUGAUGACAUUUCAGACAUGCAGUCAAAUUGUGAAUGGGAAACAGUGGUUUACGGGAAGACAGAAGACCAACUUAUCAUGACUGAACAAGCAAGAAGAUACCUAAGUGCCUACACGGCUACCAGCAGCACUUCAAGGGCUCUGAUACUGUAAUUGAUAUUAAAACAAAUGCAAUGCCCCACUACCUUACUGUAUUUUAUGCCAAAUUAGGUUGCAAUGAAAUUUUUUCAAUUAACUCUUUAAAGGUUUUAAUACACCCCUAAAAUAGUUGGCAUCUUUUCUAUACUGGGCAGGCUAAAAGCUAAUAAGCCACUUAAAGUAUGGGGUAGACAAAUUCAUUAUUUAUAUUUUUAAGAGAUGAGAGUUUUAAGAUUUGUUUUUAAAGAACAAAAUGGUGAAAUAAGGAUAUUCAUGGGUAUUCCAAAAGCAAAUUGUCACAUAUUUUCUGUACAAGAUAUAUGUUGCUACUCUUUUGAAACUGUAGUUUGUUUGAGACAAGUGUGUUAGUAUGUGGUCUCUGGAAAUAGUCUGUGUUUAGGAAGCGCAGUGGCUUUAUGAAGUACUUUCGCCCAUGUGCUAAUUUACUUAGACUACCACUUACAAAGAAACACAGUGGAAAGGAGUCUAAAGGAAUAUAGAAAGUUGCACUACUAACUUUUGGUAUUUUUCAGGAACAAUAAAAUUGUUAACUACAGUGUUAAGCAUAUUUAUUUGAGCACAGUACUAAAAUAUUGAACAUGGGCUUUUUCUCAUUAGUAAAGAGUCAGUAUUUCUUCGCAAGUCUCAGAAGAGCUGAGAGUUUUGUUGAAUGUAUUGUACAGUAUAUAGAAGCAGGAAAGCUUUGUACAUUGGAAAGAAUGUCUGUUUUUAUAAUUUAUUUUCAUUUUUAAAGCUUAAAUGUAGAUAUAUAUACAGGCUGUCUAGAAGCCAGUGUUGUUUCCUGUCAUUACAGCUAACAUAGUAAAGAAUUUUUACUUUCAAGUAUGAAAUAGUUAAGUUAUAGCUACAAAGAAUACAAUAUCUAUACUGUAUGUCACAUCUACCUAAAAUUGCACUAUAUCCCUUAAAUCAUGUUGGUUAUAAAGUAGUUCUAAAAAUGUACUAAAUAAUUUAAUAUUUUCUUUUUAAAUUAUAUUGGAGGGUCAUAUAAAUUAAUCUGGUGAUUUGUAUAUGUGUUUAAAAUUGUUGCAUUUUGUUUAAAAAAAUAAUAUGGUACUUUGGUCCCUGAAACAGUCUGCACUUAGAAGUUUAUUGUACGUAUUCAAUGUUUCAGAAGUCGAAAACAUUAUCUUUUAUUUAUAUAAAUAUUUUGUCCUUUUAUAAAUGUUUUGUGUUUCCAGGUUACAACAGUUGCUUCGGUUGCCUGCUUAGGUGUUUGCACUUACUUUGCAUUCUUCUUGAAAGAAUGUCUUUAUUUGCUUUGUGGUAGAGAUUUUAGGUAAUUUUUUUAGACAUAUAAUGGCAUGCUGUCAACCUAAACACUGACAGGCAAAUAGAAUUGUACACUGUAGUUUGAAUUAUUUAUAAUUGACACUCUCUCCCUCUCCACUCCUGAAGUAUGCUGCUACGGAAAGUAGCAGAAUCAGCUUGCUGCUAUGAGAGAUGGAAAGAGCAACCACCACUUGCACUGUGUGAAAGAUAAAGAGCAAAUGAUGGCGGGUUCUCGAGUUAAUGUAAUGGAUUCAACUAUUACCAGACAAAUUCUUACAAAGACCAAAAAUACUACUGUGCCUCAAACCCAAACCAAAACAAACAGCUUAAGAUUUUUUUUAUCUACUUUUCUGUUAAUGGAAGUGGAACUACUGAAUGUUUAAAUGGCUAGCUCUUCAGCAGUAGACUUAAAAGGGUUUUAAGCUUUAACUCCAAUUGCUAGUUUCUGCAUACUGUAUGUUAGUGAGAAGUAAAUAAUAUGUGUGGUGGUACUGAGAUUAUGCCUUCUUGAUAACAAAUAGGUAAAACAAUUUGAAUCUUCUUAGCAUGUUCAGUAUGUUUGUUUUUUCUAAUUAAUUUCUCACAGAAAUUUUGUGUAAAACCCAUGAUUGUGGCAAAAUCAUACUGUAUCAUUUCAGUUACCUUGAGCUAAUAAUAGCACAUAAUUCCUUUUAUAAAAUGUAACCCUUAGCUGGAUUGGAUAUGAUAGUCUCUGGUCACCAAAGUAUAAUAUCUUAAAAGAGCUAUGCAUUUCAGAGCAUAAUUUUUCUUAAGCAUUAAAUUAUCCCAAAUGUUAAUAUAUUGUGUAUAAGCCUGGGCUUAUUGGACAUAGGGAUAUUUGGGUUGGUGUUGGUUGAAUCCUCCAGUUAACUGCUUUGUUGCUUUAUGCAAGAUUUAUAAUCAUAAACACGUCAGGCAUCAUAAGUCAUCUUUUUUUUUUUUUUUUUACUGUUGUGUUCAUUUGGAUUCUUUGAUUGCCAUGAAGAUGCCAGAUAUACAGGUAGCAGCCAUACUUGCAUGGAAACUGACUACAUAUAUACUAUACUGCAUUUUGUUGUAAGGUUUUCACAUUAAUACCACAAUUACUCUGACUAAAUUGUUUUGUAGCUCUAUGAGAAAACUUUGCAUUGUAAGAGAAUCUUACAGAUGGUGUUUUAAUAUAUUAACAUCCAAAUAAAGCAUCUGUGUACAAGCUGA